AUGGAUCGGGGCGAAACACAAGGUUCGAAUUCAUCAGCGGAUUCUACAGGAAACAACAACUCAGUACCAGGAGUCGAAAAUGGGACUCCAGCUGCCAAUGAGAAUACAGUAUUUUCUUAUGAUGAUAAGAGCAACAGCACAUUGUCAGGACAGCCUUCCGGGAAUAACAGCGUAUUCUCAAGUUCGACAAAGUCGAGAUCGUCUUCUCAUAACCACACCGCCUCAUCUUCCAGCUCAGUGUCGAAUGUUGAUGCACUAUCUAUUGUGCCCAAUCCAGAUUUUGCCAAUAACUUUUGGUCGCCUGACUAUACUGCGGGCGUAAAUGUGAUAUUUGAAAAAUUGAGGCAGGGCUGUUCGGAAAGCAGUGAGGUUUUGGAUAUGAUUCAGGAUCGGGUGAAUCUCGAAAAUUCCUAUGCUAUAGGUCUUCAAGCAUUUCAAGAAAAGCACAAGCCUACGAAGAGGGGGUUCGACAAAGAUGAAGGUGCAUCAUUAAGAUUGGCAUACAUGUCAUACGUCAAUGAUAUUGCUACACAAGGUAUGUCACAUGCUCAUAUUGCAAGCGACAUUGACAAAUCGGUUCGGGGACCAUUGCAAAUAUUUAACCAAAUACACAAGACCAGGGUCGAUGAUAAUCAUGCUCUCUUAACUGCCAAGAUCUCACGAUACCAUAAAAUGGCUUCUCAAGUGCAAAAGCUUCAAACAGUGUAUUACACGAAGUGUAGGCAACGUGAAGAUUUGGAUGGAGUCGCAGAAAUGAGUAAUAUGGAGACAGGGAGUCUUAGCACUACAGUAUCUUCAUUGGGCUCUGAGCUCUCUAGAGGAUUGACUAUUCUAAAGCGUUCUGUAGCGAGUCCUCCUGAACCAGUUGCUCGAGUUCCUUCUAUUCCAACUAUAACUGUUGAUAGCCCUGACGAGACAGUUUCACAUUCAUCUAAGCUCGAACUAAUGCCUGGUAUUCAUUGGAAUCCGCAACAACUCUUCAAUUUUGUACACAGUCUGUUGGAAGAAGUCCCCCUUAGGAGUCAUAAAAUUGCCAUGCUCGGGGUCUAUAAUAAUGUGACGCCUGGAGACGAGAUAGUAAAGUAUGCUCGCAGAAGACUUAAUCUCACGGUUGGAAAAGCAGAAAAAUUCGGACAGUCUUUGGUCCGCUUCAAUUUGAUUAAGCCAGUUGGACAGGUUAUGGGCAGAUUUGUCAAUUCACCUGAUUACUUCUAUCAAUGGCAACCCAAAGCACUUGAUCCUCCGAAGUCUUCUCCCCCUAUGGCCAAUACUGCUCUUACUGCAUCGAUUAAUGAUACUUCAGUACCUGUACCACCCACACAGCAUAAAUCGUCCUCAGCGAAAUUGCAACGAGAAAUUGAAGAUGCCGAUGAACAAUACAAGAAGCAAGUAAUCGAGCUAGACCUUGUUCGCUGUGACUUAGAGAAGUCGCUAGUGGACGUUUUAUUUUAUAUGCAACAAUGUGAAAAAGAGCGUCUCGUAAAAAUCAAACAUGCAUUAAAAGAAAUGGCCCGAAGAAUAUCACGGCCUCAAGAUAUUGAUUUUAUCUCUAAACGGCUGUUUCUCCAUCAAGAAUCUAUAAAUCCAGAUUCGGACCUUCGUUAUCUUGUGGAAAAUUACAAAACGAGCAUAUUUCGACCCAAUGUUGUGAUUUAUAGAAAUUUUAGCGACAACUCGAUUUGCCAAACAUUUGGAAUCGAUAUAGUUAACGUUCCGUUUGUUAUUCCUUUAUUCAUUGACUAUCUUCGAGAAGCUUGUGUUGAUUCGGAUUCGGCAGAUCUGUGGGCCCUUCAAUCUCCAAUUUCCGACAUAUAUCAACUAAGGAACCAGAUCAAUAAUGGCAAAUCGUUUGACGCGGGGCAGAUAUUUCCACUGUUUCCGUUGAAAAUUGUUAUUUCAACGUUAAAACAGCUUUUAUUGGAAAUGCCUGAUUCUGUGAUUUCUUUUACCGUCUAUGAUACGAUUAAGGGUGUGUUCUCGAAUGAACCAAAGACAAAUCACGAGUCUGAAGUUGAAGCAAUAGCUGCAGCACUUUGCCACAUGCCAAAACUAGCGAUCAGCCAGCUGAAAUUAAUUGUGAAUCAUCUCACUUCUAUUUUUGGUGGAAGAGACGAGCUGACUAUUGAGAGGCUAUCAUUUCAUCUUGCACCCUAUAUAUUCCGCCCAAGGGCUAGCACAGCUUUUAAUAUGAAGGAUAAACAUCCUGGUCUAUUGAUUAAAAUGUUGUUGCUACAUGGUGAAGAGGUAUUCGCAUCUGUACAAGGUCGUUAUAAGGGCAAGAGUCGUCAGAGAUCAUAUUCAGAGGCAAAUCGAAAAGCAAUUGUAGAAGCGAGGAAUAAGGAAUUGGCAGCACGUUCAACGACUUCUCGAAAUCGAUCUCGACCGGGGUCCCCACUUAGAACUGAUAGCAAAGAGGCAUCUGGUAACAGUCCACCUAGUGGUGGUAGCAGAGUUUUCAACAAUAGGCUUUUGCCGUUGACAUUAUCGCCCUCAAGACAACCGGAUGGUAUUGGGGGAAUCUCUUCAUCCAGUUCGCACUUGUCAAGGCCAUCGCCCCCUUCUAAACAUCGUAAGUCACAAUCGAAUCCUGGUCGAUCUACCUUACAGCUCUCAACGGUGAUACCAUUACGAACGCCAGAUAAAGAUCUUCCAGCAACUCCUCAAAAUCUUAGUGAUGGUACGGCGGUGUCGACAACAGACCCCGCGAUUGCCCCAAAAGGUCUGGCAAUUGACGAGUUAUUUCCAAACUCAGACAGUCAAAAUCGGCCAAGCAAAGAGGAAACAAGUGAAACUGGGAACGAGGACGUUCAUGAUAUACUAGCCUCUUAUGAUGAUAGCCACUCUGUCUCCCCCGUACUUCGGACACCAGAGCUUCAAACUUUGACAGGUGAAGAUGAUUGA